AUGGCCUACGCAACUCGUAGUAGUUAUUUUUCAUGGCCCGAACAAGUUCCUAUUUCUUUUACUGAAUGGAAAACACUACUUUCAAAAUUAACAAAGGAAGAAAUUAAUAAACGACUUUCAUCAACUUCGGAUCCUCAUCGAUUGACAACAGCCCGUCAAUAUUCGCCGACAACGAAACGAACUGAUCAAUCCUUGUCGAGAAAUCAAGUCUUUAAUGAUACAAUAGUUGAUUCAUUUCUUGUUUCAUCAUCCAAUAACGCUCAAUCAUCAACAAAUAUUUGCCAACACGAAAGACAAAGAUUAAUUCCAUCGCCGAACAAACGUUAUGUUUCAUCAUUUAAAACACUUGUAAAUUCAACUAGUGGUAAACAUUCACAGCGAGUGAAUUACGUUAAUGAUAGUGUUAUUAUUCUGAAGUUAUCAAAAGAAAAUGAAACAGAAAAUACUGGCGAUAAUUUACAAUUAUCUGACAAGAAUUCUUCGUCACUAAUGGCAACAUCAAUGGGUCAUAUAACUCCAUCUCGGAAAACACCAUUUCUUGCUCCAUCAAGAUUACGUUCAGUAUUGAAACAAGAAGCACAAAAACGUCGAAUUGCAAAUAAUGAUUCUGCUUCAAAUGCAUCAAUUAAUAAUCAUCUAAAUCUUGCUUCAAAUUCAACUCAUAGCAUGGCAACGAGUGCAAGCAGUCAUUCGCCAUCAAAUCCAUCUUUAUUUACCUAUCGAAAUUCAAUAGUUGGUGGCAACACCAUCCGACAAAGAGCAUUCGCCGAGACACCUACGAAUAAUAUAUUAAUUACAACAGAACGAUUAAAACCAAAUAUAUCUUCAUCUAUGCGUCCAACACGGCAACCCCUAGCAACAGCAGCACCAAACACGUCGGCAACCUAUCUUUCGUCUCAAUCAACAUCACCCCAACAACAACAGCAGCAGCAACGUAAUACCAGUCAAAAUGCAAAAUCACGCAGUCAACAGGAUAAACCAACGAAUUUUAAAGAUCUUUAUGAAUAUCCUGAUCCAUUUACAAAUUGUCCACAAGAAUUUUUAAGUAAAUUAGCUCAGCUGACGAAACUGCAAUUGGAAACCAUUGAUUGGGAGAAAAAACGACGAUUUACAAAGAAAAAAACGAUAUCGAACGGGCUUAUGCAAGGAAAAGACAGCCCUUGA